CGCGUCGCUUUGGGGGUGCUUCUCCUUAUGAUGCAUAGAGCGCAGAGCUGCUAAACGCGCUGAAUACUGAAGGCAAAAGGGAGAAUAAAAAAGGACAAAAACACACAACCGCACACACGCUUUUCCCACUUCUACACAUAAUACCAAAUAUUUGAUAUAGUUAGCGGUUUGCAUAAUUUUUUGUUAAUUCGGAGUCUCAUCUCCAUGCGCCUUUGAACGUCUAUCAGAGAAAUUUGCAUAUAUAUUAAUUCAUUUUGGGAAUAUUUGCUUUUUCAAAAAAAAAAAAAAAUACAAAAUAAACAAACGGAUCGUUGUGCUAUUUGCCAGUUGUUUUGUCUUAGGAGAGCCGUCCGACUGUUUUUGACGAGGUGCAUGAGAAGAAAACACCGUAAAGGAAUAAGCAUAAUUGUGGGUUUUAUUUUUAUUUUUUUGUCCGCUUGUACUAAAUUACAUUUGACAGCUAUUUAAACAUCACCGUUGCGUGAAUUACGCAGGUGACCGAAAAGGCUGCGUGUUGAACAGUCUAAAGGGGACAAAAAGGAGACUAUAACUGUACUUAAUACAGGAAAAAAACGCGUCGGACGAGAUUAAAAGGGCAACAUGAGCGGCGCCGUCUUGCAAAACGCGAUCUUGGGGCUGUUUCUUGCAGCGCUCUGCAAUGGGCUGAGCACAAGUGGCGCCGAAUUCGGACACCUGCCGGAUAACAUCACAGUGAGCGAGGGAGAGAGCGUCAUCCUGAGGUGUAAAAUCGACGAUGAGGUCACCAAAAAGGCCUGGCUCAACCGCUCCAACAUCUUGUUCACGGGGACGGACAAGUGGUCGCUGGAUCCGCGUGUUUCCCUGGUGAACAGCAACGACAGCGACUUCUCCAUCCAGAUCAAGCGUGUGGCGGUGGCGGAUGAAGGCCCUUACACCUGCAGCUUCCAGGCCCGCAACCAGCCCCGCACCGCCCAUGUCUACCUAAUCGUCCAAGUGCCGGCCCGGAUCGUGAACAUUUCAGGGGACGUGACAGUCAACGAAGGCAGCAACGUGAACCUCUUUUGCCUGGCGGUUGGGCGGCCGGAGCCCACGGUCACCUGGAAGGACUUCAAAUAUGACCUGCUGAGCGAAGGCGAGUUCCUCGACAUCACAGAGAUCAAGCGGCACCAGGCGGAGGAGUUUGAGUGCAUCACCAACAAUGGCGUGGCCCCACCCGAUACCCGCCGUGUCCGGGUUACCGUCAACUACCCGCCCACGAUCACAGACGUGAAGAACAUGCCGGCACAGCUGGGCAAGGCGGCCAUCUUGCGCUGUGAGGCCAUGGCAGUGCCCACUGCCACCUUCGAGUGGUACAGAGACGACCGCAGGAGGGUGGAGAGUGGCAGCACCCUGCAGAUCAAGAACGAGAAGACACGCUCCCUGCUGCUCUUCAACAAUGUCACAGAGAAGCACUUUGGAAACUACACCUGCUACGCCUCCAACAGCCUGGGCUCUUCCAAUGCCAGCAUGCUUCUCUUCCGGCCGGGGGCUGUGUACAGCCGAGCCAUGGGCGCUGUUGUGAGCUCUGCCCCGGGGGUGUGUCUCUGCCUCCUCCUGUCUCUCCUGCUGAAGAUCUAGGGGGGGGGCAUUUUGGCCAGCAGAAGAAAGGAGUCUUUAACUACGAACCCAUCACUGUGAACAAAAACGAUAUGCAUUUUCCCAGGAGCCAUCAUCGCAUCGCCAAGCCCCCCCC